GACACUUCCGGUGAUUUUACGGCAGCCUGCUGGUCUCCUUCCUUCCACGAACAGAGGUGUCAGCUGGCUGAGAGAGACAUGUACACACAGCAAAUAAAACAGACAAGCGACCGUCGAAAUAAACUCUAGCAGGAACACGCGGCUACGCGACGCAGUAAAUGCGGAAGAGUGAACGCGCCAUGUGGGUGAGCAGAAAUGUGUUGACUAGCCUGAUAACAGCAACUACAGCACUGCAAUAAACAAAAACUCGUUGCGGCUACAAGUUGCUGGUUUAACAGAUGUUUGGAGUUGUUUUGCACUUAUUUGAACGCAAACUCGACACUCAAGUGUUUGCUUCUUCAAUGAGGAAGUAGGGUUUUCCAGCACUCUGUGACUGAAGAAAUUAUUAUAGCCCUUUUUGCGCGUUGCUCUUCAAGUUAAGCUUGAUAAGUUAAUACUACUAUGCCUGUCAGAGCUGUUUGCCACUCCCAGCUUUUACUGCUGUCAGGAAGUCACUGAUGCCCGCUGCAGUGAUCGCCCUUCACUGAGGAAGCAGCAGUCGUUUAUGUUCAGUCCAUCAAAGAGCACUUGGAGCAGAAGACAGACCAUGUGGCUUCAGCAGAGGUUAAAGGGGCUGCCUGGUUUGCUCUCGAGCAGCUGGGCCCGCCGUGUCUUGGUUGGAUUACUGCUCUUCCUCAUUUUCUACUGGUACUUGAGCUCAGAUGGGCUCCUGAGGUUUCUCAGCAUGUCCAGGGAGUCUGGAGGAGCUGCGGGGGUUUGUUUGCAGACUGAUCUUCACAGGUGGGUGUCGUUGGUGGACCGAGGGGAGGGAGUGGUUCUCACCCCCCAGACCAAAGAAACCGUCCCGUUUGUGGUCGGUAAUGGACAUUUUCUGGUGGAUGUGGACUCUAACAAACUCUGGGUAGCUUCAUCUUCACAGCCUGGCUCCGCACCGGUUCACCAAACAGACUAUGGACCGAUUGUGCGAUUGCAGUUGCCGGGAUCGCACUCAGAAGCCCGGGGAAUGAUGCUGUGGUACAGAAAAGGCUCUGUUCUGUCCUCCCGGUGCAUCCUGACAGCGUCUUCUCACGACUGCGUCAUCAUACGAGAGGAGUUUGUUGCGCAUCGCAGUCGACCCAAUGUUUAUCUUCAGAGGAUUCACAUAUCAAACCCUACAGACCGUCCGCUUUCGGUUGACCUGGCCACGGAGUCUCUGUCGUUUAGGAGCACCGUGGAGAAGAUGGAGGAAAAGGAGCUUGUGCUCUCCUCAGGCCGGGUGCUCACGGAAAAGAAGGACACUGUGUUGGUGGUGGUGGCCACAAAGAAGCUGAGCACCAAGAUCCAGGUUCCUGCCAAAUCUGAAUACUCAGAAAACCUGGUGAGCGUGAUUCACACCUCGGAGCCCACCGAGGGCGGGAAACUGGACGAGACCCUUGGCAAACUGAGAGAAGGAGUCAAGAGAGAGAUGGUGGAUGUCCUCCGAGCCAAUGUGGAAGAAUUGAUGCAAGAGCACCAGCAAGCAUGGGUGGAUCUCUUCAUAUCUGGUGUGGAAAUCAGAAAGAUCACAGACGCCCAUACUCCGUCCAGUCGCACAGUCAACAACACGCUCUACUAUAUUCUGUCGACCUCCACAGCGCCCCUCCUGGAUCAGAGUCUCACAGCAGAAGAGCACGAACGCCUGGAGUCCAGUCUGAACUACGCCGACCACUGCUUCAGCGGCCACGCCACCAUGCACGCCGAGAACCUGUGGCCGGAGCGCCUGACCAACGUGGCUCAGAUCCUGCAGCUGGUGAAUCUCUGGAACCUGACCUUCCAGAAAAGAGGAUGCAAGGUCCUCGUGGCGGCAGGCACUCACGGUAUGAUGCAAGGCAUGGUCCUGAGUUUCGGCGGUCUGCAGUUCACCGAAAACCACCUUCAGUUCCAAGCCGACCCGGAUGUUCUUCACAACAGCUACUCUUUGAGGGGCAUCCAUUACAAUAAAGACCUUAUCAACCUGGCCGUGCUGCAGGAUGCUGAGGGUAAGCCCUUCCUGCACGUGUCCGUCAAGCCUCAGGAGAAACCCGUGAAGCUGUACGCCUGUGAGGCCGGCUGCAUGAACGAGCCCGUGGAGCUGACCUCGGAGCUGCGAGGCCACACGUUUCCGGUGAUGGUGACCCAGCCCAUCACGCCUCUGCUGUACAUCUCCACUGAUCUCACUCACCUGCAAGACCUGAGACACACGAUCCACGUCAAGGCCAUCUUGGCUCACGAGGACCACAUGGCCAAGCAGUACCCAGGCCUGCCCUUCCUCUUCUGGUUCAGUGUGGCGUCCCUCAUCACGCUUUUCCACCUCUUCCUCUUCAAACUCAUCUACAAUGAAUACUGCGGGCCUGGAGCCAAGCCGCUCUUCAGGAGUAAGGAUGAUGUUACUGUCUGAAGCCUAAUCCAGAGUGCAGAGACAUUAAAUAUGGCUCUAUCUCUGGAUGUCCUCUCAGGAUUGAUUUUAAUCACUGGAGACAUACCAAUGUAUUUAAUACAUGUUUUCCAUUUUGCUGUGUGAAUUUAAUUAUGAACGUUAUCUGAAUUAACUUUAUCUGAUUUUGGUUGAGGAUUAUGUAAGUUAAAAUAUGAAGACUCUUUAAAGGUGCCCCGUUUAUGUGCAAAUUGGUGAUAAAAUAUCAACAAUUACAAAGGAUCCAAACAAGACCUGUAUUAAUUUAUUAUUUUAGCUUAUAAACGAGCAUAAUAAUACAAUCUUAAUAGAAACAAAAUCAAAUAUGCAGCUCCUAAGCACUGAUUUUAUGUGAAUGAAAAAAAAUCUUAUAAAAUCGCAAUGAAAUGGAAGUAGCGACAGAGCUUGUGACGGACAUCUGAGUGUAACAGAUUAUUGAGAACAAAAAAACAAUGUAAGGCGUGAAUUGGUGAUUGGGUAUAAAUGAGUGGAGAAGUCUGGCAGAAGUCACCUUAUUUUUACUGCAAGAAUGAGUUGUGACAUUUUGAUUAUGAGGUCCAAAAAAAAAAAAAUCAAAGAUACAUGGAUGAUGGAAAAAAAAGCUGUAUGAGAGAACUUCAAAUGGAGGAACACAUGUAAUGUUUUCAUUUCCAUGGGAAUAUGUAACUUUGAUUGAAAAAAAACUAUAGCUUUCAAAAAAUUGAUUUGACGCCAAUAUGUAAAAGUGCUGAUUGUACACAGGUUGUAAAAAAGGUUAUUUUCCAAUGAUUACAAAAGUGCACAGACAUUGUAAAGGUUGUAGGAGUCAACCGUUUUUAUACUCUAGGGUUGCUGGAGCUCCAGAUAAGAUUUUACAUGCAAAAGAAAAAAAAAAAAUUAUUUCUCGAAGACAGUUAGCACAGGUGUGAUGUAGUAAG